AUGAGUGUUGGUUCAAGUAUUGUAUACAAUGUCAAAACUGGUAUUUGCAUCUUUGCUCUAGGAUUCUGUGCCAUCCUUGGUAUGAUUUCAUCUAUUUUGUUGAGCUUGAUAGGUUACAGACAUAUUUCACAAUUUGUUACAACAAAGACUUACUAUACAAUUGUGAGUGCUUUGUUAGGAGUUGAAGUUAAAGUAAUAAAUGAAAAAAAUUUGGAUAAUCAACCAUGCAUUUAUGUCUGUAAUCAUCAAAGUUCUCUAGAUGCGAUUAUUUUAGGUAAAUUAUUCCCACCUGGUUGUACCAUUACCGCUAAGAAAUCAUUAAAAUAUGUGCCAAUUCUUGGCUGGUUCUUAUCUUUAAGUGGUACUCUAUUAAUUGAUAGAAAAAAUACCGCUGAAGGUAUUGCUACUUUAAAUAAAUCACUAGAAGAAUUAGUAAAACAUAAAAGAUCAUUAUGGAUAUUUGCAGAAGGUACUAGAUCAUAUAGUGAAUCUUUAGAUAUGUUACCAUUCAAAAAAGGUGCAUUCCAUUUAGCUUUACAAGGUAAAAUACCUAUUGUUCCAAUUGUUGUCUCUAAUACUUCAAAUUUACAAAAUGGUCGUUAUCACAUCUUUAACAGAGGUACUGUUGUAGUAAAGGUUUUAGAUCCAAUUCCAACCACUAAAUUAACUAAAGACAAAGUAGGUGAAUUCUCAGAGAUGGUACAUAAUAAAAUGUUGAACGAAUUGAGAAAGAAUGUUGGUUAUUCCCAACUGGAAGAAGGGUCUACACUGCCACCAAAAUUUGAUGCUAAAAAAAUUGAAAAUAAGGUUGGCUUAGAUGAUAUUGAAAUUAUCGAAUCUACAAGUCAACAACGUUCAUAA